GUAGAUGAGGUUACUAAGAUUCUGCAUCGCAAGAUUCGCCAAGAUAACUCGGGAAGGGUUAGGCGACAAGUGGCUAUACCUAAUGAUGAUAAGUUGGUGCCUUUAUUGAUUAAGAAAUAUCAUCAAGAUAGAGCCCAUGUUGGUAUAUCUGGUACACUGCAAGCCAUGUUGAAG